AUGUAUAUCUCCGCUGGAAUCAAAGCAGUCCUCCUGCUCGCAGCCUCCGUUCCCGCGCUGGCAUGGAACAGACUGGAUAAGGACAAAGCAGCCCUCCUCAUCAUCGACCACCAAGUCGGCCUUGCCCAAGUCGUGCGUGAUUACAACACAAACGACUUCCGCAACAACAUCCUUGGUCACUCUGCCCUUGGCAACGUCUUCAACCUCCCAACUGUGUUGACCAGUUCCUCGGACGCAGGACCUAACGGCCUAAUGCUCAAGGAAAUCACCGACAUGCACCCCAAUGCAACAUUCGUCCGUCGUCAGGGUGAGGUCAAUGCUUGGGAUAAUGCGGACUUCCGCGCUGCGGUCAAGGCCACCGGUAGGAAGCAGUUGAUUAUUGCUGGAAUUGUUACUGAAGUUUGCACCUCCUUCCUCGCUCUCUCGCUUGUUGAUGCUGGCUAUGAAGUCUUCGCCAAUACCGACGCUAGCGGCACUUUCGAUGUUAAGCUUGCUGAGGAUGCGAACCGUCGUAUGGAGAAGGCUGGUGUUACUCUCAUGGGCUUGUUUGGUAUUGUCUGUGAUCUUAUGCGCGAUUGGCGCAAGACCCCUGGUCUUCCUGAGGUUCUGCCUUUCCUUGAUAAGUACCAGUUUGCUUAUGGUCUUGUUGCCCGUCACCACGCUGGAGCUAUUCAGAAUGGUACCUUUUUCCCUGUUGAGGGGACUUUGAUUUAA